CCGCUUCAUGCGACGCAGACGCUCCGAAGUCCGAAUCCAAGAGGCCCCUCUGCAGAUUCGUCGAUCUCUGCCAACAGAACCUGGCACUACAGUUCUCCGAUCUCCAAUCUGCGGUCUGAUCCUGGAUACCAGACGUGCAAAUCCCUAGACGCUCUUCGAUGCUUGAAUUUUCAAAUCGGUCGAGUGAUUAAAGAUCGAGGCAUGCGACCAGCUCGAGGUUGGAUAGAGUUCGCAAUCUGCGGCUUCCUUCACGCUCCGAGUGGAGCUCCGUGUGCCACAGACGUAACCACGGGCCUGCCAUUGCCGUUUCUGUCAGUGUUUGGUGGUGAAAGUGAAAAGUAAUUGAAGAGCAUGUUUUGGGUAGCGAAAUCACUUGAGUUUUCCAAGCGAUUUCUUCGGAGGUAGCCUGUGUUGAGCUCGUGACGUCAAUGCCGGGCGGACGUGGGACUUUCAACUUGUGAGGUACACGUAACUGAGCGUGGCAUCGAUUCCAUAUUAUAUUAUACCAAAUGAGCAAGCACAGAUUCUCCCAUACUAUCUGUAUCCGUGCUGCAGUGUGCCUGUCCCAAUCAAGAUGAUUGUGAGGAGCUCAGACGAUGCUGGAGUAACCCCGUCACCGCUUUGAACGUAAGAGAUCAAUAAUUCGGGAUUCUGUCUCGCAAGGAGUUUAAAAACACGUAUCUACAUUUUUCCAAACUGGGUGAAAAAGUAUCAGUACGACUGCAGUUCUUUGGGCUUUGCGGGGAGCAGCCUCCACUUUUCCGAAGCAUGACCCCUGAAUGUCCGGAUACCUAAGUAGAGAAUGAAUCUUCUCCAUCGAGUAGACUUUGUGGAUCUAACUUCACCUCACAGGAAAACCAUUCGUUCAGCAGAAUCUUUGACGAAGUCAUCAGGACCUUCACAUGCCAUUUCCGGCAGUCAUGAUAACGGUCAAGUUCCAGGCAUGGAGACUGUCAUUGUCACCGUUUCUGGGUAUAACUCUGUCACUCGAGAGAAACUUGUGAAGCUGAUCGUUCAUGCCGGCGCCUCAAACACGGGAAGUCUCAGCAACUGUAACACUCAUGUGGUAUGCUGGAAAUUUAAAGGACCUAAGUUUGAACUGGCAAAGAAGCUGAAUAAGAAGAUCAUCAGUCAUCGCUGGUUUGAGGACUGUGUGAAGGCCGGUGUUCUACUUCCUGAAGAUCAAUAUAUCAACAAAAGUGGAGAAGAAGAAGCGCCCCUGAGCUGGGAUGACAGCAUGGUUCAAACGCGUAUUGGUAGAGCUUCACAAAUCGCGGAGUCGAACAUAAAGUUGAGUGAGACAACCUCUCAGCUGGAAACCAGUUCUUGUAGAAGUACAGUAGCUUCUGCGAGGGAUGAUGGCCUCUCAGCUCAUCAUCUUAGAUCAUCACAUCAUAGAGAGACAGGAUGGAGUCCAAUCUUCCUUUCCAGCUCAUCUGUUUUUGCCGACUCAGAUGUUUCGCCCCGGAACUCUUCAGCUGGAAGAGAACAGGCUGGAUUCUCGGGUGUUACUAACUUGGACGAAGAGCAAGAAUGUGAUGUGAAUGUAAUAGCUGCUGUUGGAACAACUAAAGAUGGGGACCAGCCAGAUUUUUUAUUGAACCAGGCACCAGUGAAUUUCAUGACAGAACGGGUUGCUAGUGUCUCUGAAUCUGUGUGUUGUUCCUCCAUGGACCAAUCAAACGGAAUGAGACAUCAGGAGAGAGAAGCGUACAAUUCCAGAUGCUAUCCUGAUGAGGUUGGACAUCAGGCGACGCACUCAUGCCUUCCCAUUACAUCAGAAUCUGGCCCAAGAAGAUAUAAGGAUUUCAAGGCUGACUACACCCAGAUUCGCCUGGAAAAGAGGAAAGAAGUGGAAGCUCCGUCAGGUGGUCUUAGCGAAAAGUAUCGAAGGUUGAUGAAUGAAGCCCCGUCAGGGGGUCUAAAUGAGAAGUAUGAAAGGUUGAGGAAUGCAUCCCCGCCCAUAGCAUCUGGGAAAUUGACAUGUGGAGACGAAAGAGCUGGAAGCACGAGCAGAACUUGUAGUUGCUGCCUACGAGGACCAAGCUCCCAGUGUUCAACCCGAAGGAUUCACUCGGCGCUUAUUGGAAAUAGUUACCGAGUGGGGCGUUACGCGUGUGCUAAGACGGAAUGUGCCGAUAAAUUAGACCAAGAAGCGUCGAUUUCUGCAUCACCAAGCGAUGAUAUUGCUUGCGUUAUUUGUCACAGUGAAACAAAGCCAACUACGGAAGGACUUCUGGAAUGCGGGCACCGAUUUUGCUAUCCAUGCAUAAAAAAAUGGGCCGACGAAGCAACAUCCAAACAAUCCACGUGCCCGCUGUGCAAAGCGUCUUUCGAAUUCAUCACAAUCAGAGAGCUAGAGCGUUCUGCCAAUGAAGAGAUCUGUACUCAGGUUUUGGAGGAAAGGGUGGUUUUGGUUGGAAAGCAAAUUCGACAGGGACAGAAGAACGCUCUUCCUUGUCCCAGACCUGAAGGGAUGUGCAUCACGUGUGAAAGUAAGGACUCUCCGGAGCUCUUGAUAAGUUGUAAUAGAUGCGGUCAGAGAUCUUGCCAUACAUUCUGCCUUGACCCCCCUCAGUCACCGGGCUCGUCUUGGUUCUGCAGCCGCUGUUUACCAAUGCGCUCAAGAUAUGUGUCAAGGGAAUCUGUUAUGACGAGAUUUCUCUCUUGAAGAAACGACUGAACCAAGCCACCAAAUUUUACGUGGAAAUCUUCUUCUGUACAACUUCCCCGAGAAAUUCACAGUUUUGCACCAAGGCAGUGAGCUAAAAUUUCAUGUUUGACUAUAAUAUUAGGGGAAUACAUCUUCUGCAGACGCGGUAGUCCAGACAGGAUCUGAUAUCUUGCUCCCGUUUGCAGAGCUCCACGUUCUACGGAGCCGUUCACCCAACCCGGGAACAAUACCAUCAUGGUCAUGCAAUUCUUAUGUACUGAAGCGAAUAUCAUAAUCUAAGGAUUCCUGUCCCGUAAAUUGUUAAGGGAUUUUCUCUGUAC